AUGAAGGGCAAGGCAGUUAAAGAACGUUGUUUCAAGGAGGCCCAGAAGGUAAAAGUGGCGAAACUGGUUGGGCGGUACAGGGAACUCGUUGGUAGGCUUCAACUCCCCGUUAUUGAUCUGUCCUUUUAUGAUUCUUGCUUCGUCGAGCCGCUGCUGAGGCAUCCGAAGGACCGCAGACUGGAAGACGCGCUCACCACGCUGUGUGACUAUUUAGAGAAACACCGUUGCCGUACCGUGGAAGUGCUAGAACUUUGCGAACGUCGUGAUCAACUCGUCGAGUGGUUGUUAACUUGCUGUGAAAAGUUCGAGGAAAGUGUUAUUCGUCCCCGUUUGUUGCGGGUAAUAGCUCAUGAGGUAGCUCCGAUCGAUGAUAACGAACGCCACUUUUUCCAUUUUUUCCGGGGUGCCCUUACAGCACACCAGUUUCUAACGGGGCAACUUGUUGAAGGAAUAUUCCACUGGCGAGAACAACUCACACGCCCGUUCGCCUUUAACGUUUCAGAUGAAAACUACAUCUACCGCAUAUUAGAAGAUUGUGAAUUACUGGACGCUAGUUCCUUGGGCAAAGCACUCAAACUGCGACUGAGUGACCACCCACUUGGCGCCCAUCAGGUGACGACGUCUGACCUGUGUGAUCAUAUCGUGGGGAGGGGCUUUCAGAUUCCGUCAGGAGACCAUCGUUACGGAUGCCUUACCGGUGACCCUCGUGGUUGUUCUAACGCUUUGGUAGCAGUUGGUGAGUGUUGGCGUCCGUCUGCCGUUCAGCAGAGACAUCGUACGUGUAAUGACCGUGCCAGCGGAAACCAAGUCUACUUGGUGCUGGGCGAAGCCAUCAUCAAGGGAGAGCAUCUUCUGCAGUCAAGGCUGCUUGACGAACUUCGAGCGUUGGCGGACAAUAAUCGAUUUCUUCCAAUGCUCUCUACACCUACGUUGGUGACGUUGGGUGAUUUGGGCCUCCCCUUGGCUGAACCGUCCACGAAGGAGUGGCUGCAGUUUGUUGUGCGCCCUGGUGUUGGCAGCGCACUCCCGUGCAACCCCAGCACUGGGGACGGGAAUGAUACACACGGUAGCCGGGAGAGCCCUUCUCAAACCGUUACUACUAGUAGCAGCAGUACCUCCACCUCCACCCUUUCUGAGAGUCAAUUAUACCCCGGAACUGAACCCUCCAGCACCGCAGCCUCAAGUGUAACACAAUGA